CUUUUUUCUUCUUUUUUUGCUUAUUAUUACUUCUCUUUUAUAAACUACAUAGCACCGUAGGUCAUUGAUAUACCCAAUACUCGUAUAGACAGGGAAACCCAACAAACUAUGGAUAUUUUUAAUCAGGAAGGAAAAAAAAUAAUUAUGGAUCUGUCCCAUUAAGCAUUUUUCCUGCUUCUGCUUCUGACCCUACUUCUGCUUUUUUGCUUCUUUCAGCGGUGAUGUGGCGAUGGCUCAGUUCUUGACGAGCGAGGAUGAGAUCCUGUUGCAACGCCGUACUUUUACUCUCAGACGCUCAACAAUGUCUCCGAUUGUGACCCAUAACAUGGUGGGUGACAGCAAAGACCCGGUCUUGACUCAGCUACGCCGCCUAGGCUUGUUCAACCAUCCUUCUGAUCGAGUCAAGAUUGUGUUCCAUCCCGAAUUUCUCAACUCCAACAACCCAUUGUUUGGAUUGGAUUAUGAAGAAUUUGUCCGAGGUUGUCAUUUGGGUGUCUUCCCUUCGUGUUAUGAGCCUUGGGGCUAUACACCUGCUGAAUGUACAGUCAUGGGAGUCCCUAGUAUCACCACCAACCUAUCUGGAUUUAGAGGCUUUAUGAAUGAUAGCAUUGUCGAUUCUUCAGAAUAUGGAAUCUACAUUGUCGACCGUCGGAUGAAGUCGGUUGAGGAAUUGAUUCAACAACUUGCAGACCAAAUGUUGGUCUUCUGUCAGAAAUCUCGCCAUCAACGUAUCAAUCAACGUAACAGAACUGAACGCCUGUCGGAUCUCUUGGAUUGGAAGCGCAUGGGACUUGAAUAUAUCAAGACCCGUCAGCUGGCUCUCCGAAGAGCCUACCCAGACUCGUUUGAUGAUGAUGACUUUGUCCUCUCGAACCUGGAUAAGGAAACCCAACAGUUGUUGGUCAGUGAACAAGGACCAAAGAAGAAGAUUCCGAUCCCAAGAUCUGCUCCAGGAUCUCUUAAAAUCCGAACACCCUUGGAAGGGGUUGACACCGAACUAACGUUUGCAAAGAUGUCUGCCAGUGAUAGGGAGAGGUACUUGCAGUACCGAAUGGAUGGACCAUGCAGAUCAGAUUGCCACAACAUUACCAGCAUCGUCAUCACCAAAAGUCAUCAGGUGCCAAUGGCACUAAAGAUACCACAACAGAAGAUAACAAUGAGCAUGACAUGUCCACUGCACAAGUACGUGCCUUGGCAGGAGUCGCUGCAGCACAAUAUCAAUACAAGAAUUUGAUGGACGGUGGUGAAAACGGACGUUACUAUGGCAAGAACACGGCUCUCAACGCUGGCGCGCCUCCUUCCUCAGCUGCUAACGUCAACAGCAACGACAAUGGAGUCGGAUAUCGUCAAUAAAACAAAUCAAACAAAAAGCUGUAUAUAGUUGUAACACGUAGACUUAAAUGAAUAAAGCGAUUUAUGCG